CUCAUCUACUAAAAUUGAGUUGUUUGUAACGAAGAUUUCCCAAUCGCCUAUCGUCAAUCCUCAAACUCGCUAAAGUACAGCGCCACGAUCCAAAAUAAACAAUGCCGUCCCACAGCACACCUUCCCAACAGCUCCCAGCCGGCAUGCACAACCCAUCCCGCAGAAAACUCACCAACCACCUCAUUAAAGACGAAGCGCACAUCGAAAAGUACUCCGCCGAAACCAACGGCGCCUACACCCAAGUCCGCGUAACCGUUGCCCCAGGCGGAGGAACACCCCUCCACUACCACGGCUCCUACGAUGAGCACUUGACCUGCACAAACGGACUCCUCAGCUGCGUGAUCGGCAACAAAACACUCACGUUCACGCCCGGCGAAAUGGCCGUGAUACCCAUCGGUACGAAACACCGGUUCUUCAAUGCAUCUGAGUCGGAUGACGUGGAGUUCGUGGGAAAGGUGGUUCCCGCGCAUGAGGGGUUUGAGAAGAGCUUGUAUAUUUGUUAUGGGCUCGCGGGGGAUGGAGAGUGUGAUGAGAAGGGGCUGCCGAGAAGCUUUGUACAUUUGUGUUUGAUAGCUGAUUUGGGAGAUAUGAGAUGGCCGGGCUUCAUGCUUGUUGCGGGUUUUGGGAAUAUGCUUGUUAAGGUUGUGGCCGCGUAUGCCAGGUGGAGUGGUGAGGAGGACAGGCUAUUGAAGAAUUAUUGGUAUUGACAAUUGAGAUUAGACGCUGACGACAUUGCUCUACAAAUUAUAUUUCAACAGCUUUUCUGGUGUAUGUUCUUGCCCAUCCUCGUUAGGGAAAUUCAAGACAGUGACAUGCCGCAAAGUAUGGACAUAAAUAAAUAAAUCCUAGAGAUCUUCUUCAGCUGCUCUUGUAUACUUACUUGCAAGACGAAACCAACAAACUAAUACAUUUGAAAUUAUUAUGCGAAGAUUUUAAUCAUUUUAUUUGCAAAUGUUCCUUCAAGGGGGGAGAAGUUGUGUUCUACCCUGCCAUGUAUAGGUAACAAGUUCAAGGCAAGUCCAGGGCAAGUUCGCUUAGCUAAAGGCUUGCAAUUGAUGAUUCUCUGGAUCUCCAUGCUAGAUGAGCGCAGCCCUCCAAAGCGAGCACUUUUAAAGCAAGACAUCAAUGCAUUUUCAUUAAUCAUGUCACGAACCGGUCAAGACAGAGAGUUGGAAUCAAAUAACACUUGUUCGCUUGUGUGCGCAUCCUCCACGUCCCAAAAACCCAGAAUCCAAACCGCAGAAGCUGUCGGAAAUAUCUGUCUGAUGUUGAAUAUAGACAGACCGCAGAAGAAAACAGUUAAGU